AUGAAUGAUCUUUCCCCUUCUGCGUACCUUAUAGAGACAGCCUACAAGAUUCUCAGAGAAAGAAAGCUGUGGCAAAUGUAUACCUAUGUUAAGACAGGAUGUUGCGGUUUGGAUCCUACAACGGGUCGCGGGAAACAGAUUCACCUGCUGCAGAUCCUCUUGCUGCCCUUCAUCCCCAUCAUGGGGGCCCCUUUUAAACCCCGAACUUUCCCUCAAACCCGGGCCCCCCAGGGCCCCCCCCGAGGCCCCCCUAGGCACGUGAUCGAGCGCACUCUCUUCUCCGAGAUGAAUGCCUCCAACAGCCACGUGGUCAUCGGCAUCGCGCUGCUCUGCGUCGUCCUGCUCAUCUCGCCGGUCAUCAUUCUGCUGGUUCGGAUGAUGACUCGGACGCUGCAGGCUUUUUCAGACACGCUGAUCCACAAGACCCACGAGCUGGCCUACGAGAAGAAGCGCUCGGACAUGCUGCUGUACCAGAUGCUGCCGCCCUCCGUGGCCCAGCAGCUGAAGCAGCACAGGCAGGUGUCGGCCGAGACAUACGAGUCGGUCACGGUUUACUUCUCGGACAUCGUGGGCUUCACCGAGCUCUCGUCCGAAAGCACGCCCAUGCAGGACCACGCGGCCGAGAUCGCCUCCAUGGCCCUGGACCUCCUGCAUGGCACCGAGAACUUCCUGAUCCCGCACAUGCCCGGCGAAAGGAUCCAGAUCCGCAUGGGCGUGCACUCCGGGCCGGUGGUCGCGGGCGUGGUCGGGACCAAGAUGCCGCGCUACUGCCUCUUCGGCGACUCCGUCAACACGGCCUCGCGGAUGGAGUCGACCGGCCUGCCCUUCAAAGUGCACAUCUCGUCCGACACGAAGAACGCCCUCGACCGCGUCGGGGGAUUCAUCGUCAAGCUGCGCGGCGAACUCGAGAUCAAGGGCAAGGGCUUCAUGGAGACGUACUGGCUGAUCGGCAAGCACGGCUUGGUGGGCGACCGGCAGCCGAAGCAGGAGAAGGCGGAGGAGAUGGACGUGAUGGCCGAAAACCCGCACAGCGAGAAGGUUCGCCUGGCCCAGCAGUCUGCCUUCAGCCCAAGCGGCUUCGUGGACCUCUUCUCGAAAUGCCUCGACUGCGGAAUGCGCUGAUGGGGCACGCAGGAAAGGAGGGAAGAGGGAAGGCGAGAGGAGAGGGAGAAAGCAAAGUCCAAACGAAGAAGAAGAGGAUAUAGAAGAAGAAGAAGAAGAAGAAGAAGAGAAAGAGAAAAGGAGAAAA